AUGACACGCAAGGCACCACAACCGUAUCAGGGGACGACACCAGGAAAGGAGACACACACCUGGAGCCCUCAGAUGACUCAAGAUGCAAGACUCACAGGCCGAAACUAUUUCCGAACCCUCAUCGUUCUAUGCGCGCUACUGCUCAGCAUUUCAAGAUGUGCCGGGAACUGCAUCCUCGAACACGCAAGCCCCAUUGUCCUGUCCAUGCCGGUCGAGACAGCAGCACCGUUUGAGAAAGACGACAACCCCUUGAAGUGGUACAUUGCCAUCGGCUUCGGCCAAAACCGCUGCGUGGGCUCCAUCUCUCCUUUCGCCUCGCCUCAGACGAAUCGGUCAGACCCCGCCGAGCUUCUUCAGCGCAUCGGGGACAAAUUCAAGUCUCGCGGUGACGGGAUAGCCACUUUUGACAAACACUACACCAUCUCACUCAAGUUGUCGGAGCCGGAGGUGCAGAACCAUCUCGAUACGGUGUGCACCCUGCUCAAGGUGCCUGGGGCCCGUGGGUUCAUCAGCUACUGGCCCGGCGAGGGUGGGAGUCUCAAGUACUCGAACUACGUCGGCGCUUUUGACGACGACACGCUGGUGAUGAUCUCCAAGCUGGCUGGGGUCCUCGAGAUUCUUCCGACUUUGGCUACGGGCGACAGGGAGAGCUGGGUGAAGGAGAUUGGGGCAGAUGCGGAGGAGGGCAAUGAUCUAGGUCAGGCUAUCAGAGAGAAGGUCGGGCAUGCUGCAGCGUGGUUGCGGUCUUGA